AUGCGCCUUCCAUAUGUUCAAGACCCCCCUCCAACCAACACUCCAGACGAAGCCCGAAUCCUCGCCAGCGUCAAAGCCCGACGCGGAGAAAACCCCCUCCUUCCUCUCGACUUAGCUCUCCUCCAUUCAUUCCCUAUAGCAGAAGGAUGGAAUUCAUUCUUCGGGGCAAUUAGAGCCCAAACAAGUCUCUCGACUGUAGUCCGGGAGCUAGCGAUCUGCCGCGUUGCUGUCGUUAACGGCGCACUAUUUGAAUGGGAACAGCAUGCUCCAUUGCUACAGAAGGGCGGAAUGGAAGAUGCAAAAUUGGAGAUUAUUAAAGACUCGCAAGCGGAUUUUUCAUACGAGUGUUUUUCCUCGAUUUUGAGCCCUGAGGAGAGGGUCGUGCUAAGGUACACGGAUGCUAUGACGAGGACGAUCAAAGUACCUGAUGAGGUGUUUGCAGAGUUGAAGAACUUUUUCAAUCCACAGGAGGUUGUUGAGAUUACGACGACCAUUGCGGCUUAUAAUUGUGUUAGUCGAAUUUUGGUUGCUUUGGAUAUCGGGGAGAGAAAUCAUGGGGCUGCCAGCUGGUUCAGAUAG